AUGGCCGCCCGAUUCGCUCUCCAUGGCCUCUGCCGGCCCCUGGCCAACUCUACUCUUCUCGCCAAGUCACAAGCCAUCCGCCUCAUCUCGACUACCAAAGCUCUCCAGUCUACGCUCCCUGUCGCCAUCUCAGGCACCGGCAUUGGCGUCCUGCAACACAUCUCCGUCCCAGGAAAGACCUACAGUUUCACCGCCGACACCUACCCCAUCCUGGGUGGCGAGGACUCGGCCCCCUCUCCUGUCGUUUACUCUCUCGCUGCUCUAAGCGCCUGCAACCAGGUUACCGGCGCCGUGGUGGCCAAGGAUCACGGCAUCAGGCUGGGCCAGUGGCAUGUUGAUGUUGAGGCGCAGCUGCCCACUAAGACUCUUGUCAAGGGCGAGGAAGGAAACCCCAACUGGGAGAGUGUGAAACUCAAGUUGCGCGUUCAGACGGAUAUCCCUGAGGGGAGCGCCGAGUUUGAGAAGUUUGUGUCGGAGGUUGAGAGGAGAUGCCCUAUCACUGCGCUGUUCAAAAGGAGUGGUGUGAAGUAUGAGAGUGAAUGGGUCAAUGAAAAGCUUUGA